CAUUCAGGAAAUGAUGGAUGGAUCUACCAAAGAAUCAACACCAAGUGUGAAUGCUAGCAGUAUUAAGAUUACUGAUAUUACACAAGAUGAAGAUAAAUUCAUCUUUGCCAUCACAUCACAGAAGCUGAGCAGCAGUCAUGGGAUCUGUGUAUUUAGGACGUAUGAGGAUUUUGACUGGCUUCAGCAAAGUCUUUUCUCUCAGGAGGAUGUUCCAGGAAUUCAAGGAGUCAUAUUUCCUCCUCUGCCAGCCAGACCACUACCUUCCACACAGGCUAAAGCUCUGAAACAGCUUGGUUUCCUGGCUCUAGGAGACAACUGGAAAAUUUACAGUAAGGCUUUAGAGCAUUACCUUCAGCAGUUGGCAUCACACAGCACCCUCAGCAAAAGCAAACUGCUGCAUAUGUUCCUCUGCAACACUGAGUUACCUGGAAAACAACGUGGCAAAAAGGGCAUUUUUGAUCGUCUUGGUCAGGCUAUGGAGGAGAUCAGAAAAGAGGGACACAAGGAUAUGGAUGUAUUCUUUCACACUGAAAGAGAAAGCAACACACAAUUUGUACUUCUGUUCAAAUCAGCCACUGAGAAAUUCCUUGAUACUGUGAUGACAAAGCAAAGACUUGCUUUGGCAUGUGGGCAUUUCUCCACUUCACUGCAUCUGUGUGUUAAUCAGGACAAUCCAGCAUUUAACAAAAUUUGUCUGAAGAUGUCUGAUCUUAUGGAUGCAGUAAAAAAAAACUUGGAUAUGGUGUCUCAAAUUGACAUCGCCACCUUGGGUUUGGGUUUGGAUUUGGAGUCUCGCUACCAGGAGGCGAAGAGGGAGAUGUUGUUUAGGAGGACCUGUAAACUAGUGGAGUUGGAAAUCAUCAACAGGAACACAGAUAAAGCCAAGCCCAAUAAGCAGGAAAUUAUGGAAAAAGUUCAGAAAGCCUCACAGAAUGAGUUUAAACUCAUCUCAUCAGUGGCAAAACAAGAGAUCGAGUGUUACCACAAAGCUCGUGUGAAAGUGUUGCAGAGCUUCCUGAUUCAGUGGUGUGAGCAACAGCUCAGCAUAGCUCAGGAAAGUGCAAACCUCUUCUCUCAGCACCUGGAAGCUUGCAAAGGAUUUGCUGUGUAAUACAAUUUUAUACAAAACAAUGUCAUGUAAUUUAAGGGGAAAAAGAGAAAAUCUAAAUGGGAAGCAACAUCAUAUCAUCAAUUACCUUAUCUCAUAUAAAUAUUUACCCUGGAAUUGGAAGCUUAUUUGGCUUGUAUGUCAUUGUCAGAAUGCAUGUGGCAUGUUUUAAU